AUGAUUGAUAUACACUGCAUACAGUGUGACAUCAGAGAGGACAUCAUCAUCAAGAAUGCCAACCUCUUGAUAUCCCUGGGUUUAGUGGAUGUUGGAUACAACUAUGUUAAUAUCAAUGACUGUUACUCUGAGAGACAGACUUAUAUGCUUAGGCCAAUGACUUCUCAUGAGUGGGAAUCUGGAAACAAGCAACCCCACUAA